AUGAAACCAUCCUCUCAUUCAACAUGGCGCUGCUACGCCUCUCUGCUCCUACUGGCCGGGUUCCGCGCAAUCUCGGCCGGGACCGUACCGCAAUUCGUCUUUAACCCUCACAGUGGCAGCUCUGGCGCCGUCGCGAGUGAGGCCGUGGAAUGCAGCAAGAUAGGUCGCGACCUGAUCGCGCAAGGUGUACGUCUUCUCAUAAACCCGGCAAAUCCAGGAGGCUUCUGGAAUUAUUCUGGCAUUCACCAUGGAAACGCCGUUGACGCACUCGUCGGCACAACCUUUUGCGUCGGCACUGUGGGCAUGUACCACUCUGGCAUUGGCGGCGGCGGGUUCGUCGUGAUCAGAGACGCCGAUGGGAACUAUGAGUCCGUUGACUUCAGAGAGGCGGCGCCAGCCGCGGCGUUCCAGGACAUGUACAAGGGCAACAUCAAGGGGAGCGUCUACGGGGGCUUGGCUGUGGGCGUGCCGAGUGAGGUUCGUGGGUUGGAAUACAUCCACAAGAAGUACGGAGCGCUGCCAUGGAAGAGUGUUGUCACUCCGGCUGCACAACUGGCGACUGCGGGCUUUAGAGUCUCCGAGGACUUGGUGCGAUACAUGGCCAACGCCAUCAGAGGACAAUGGAACUUCCUCGUGGAAGACCCCGUGUGGGCUGAGGAGUUCGCCCCGAACGGCACACUUCUCCAGCUCGGCGACACAAUCUACCGCAAACGCUACGGAGCAACCCUCGCCAAGAUCGCGGAAGAAGGCCCAGACGUGUUCUACACUGGCCCCAUCGCAGAAUCCAUAAUCGCCACCGUCCGCGCCACAAACGGCACCCUCACCCUUGACGACCUCGCCUCCUACAAGGCCGUUACACGCCCUUCCCUCUCCAUCACCUACCGCGGCCACCGCCUCGUCUCCGUCGGCUCCCCCGCCAGCGGCGCCGUGUGCCUCAACACCCUCAAGAUCAUGGAGCAGUUCGACCCCUCCGAGAGCGCCGACACGAAGCUCGGCGUCCACCGCUUCGACGAGGCGCUGCGCUUCGCCUACGGCGCGAGGUCCCUCCUCGGCGACCCGGACUUCGUCGACGGCAUCGGCCCGUUCGAGGACACCCUCAUCGACGAGGCCACAGCCAAGGACAUCCGGGGCAGGAUCUUGGAUAACCAGACGCAGCCGGUCGAGCGGUACGACCCGCACGGGAUGUACUCGAGCGAAGGGUUCGGGACGUCGCAUAUUGUGACGGCGGACAAGUCAGGCAUGGCGACGUCCCUGACCACGACCGUGAACCUUCUCUUUGGCGCUCAGAUCAUGGAUCCGUUGUCCGGUGUGAUUCUCAACAACGAAAUGAACGACUUCUCCAUCCCCGGCGUCCGAAACGCCUUCGGCUUCGAGCCCUCCCCCGCGAACUUUGUCCGCGCCAAGAAGCGGCCCCUCUCCUCCAUCACCCCGGUCAUCGUCGAGCACCCCGACGGCACCCUCUACGCCACCGUCGGCGCCGCGGGCGGCUCGCGCAUCAUCAGCUCCACGGCCCAGGUCACCUGGCACGUCCUCGAGCACGGCCGGACCAUGAAGGAGGCCCUCCGCGAGCCGCGGUUGCACGACCAGCUCAUGCCCAACACCGUCACCUUCGAGUACCCGUUCGACAACGACACCGUCGCCAGCAUGCUCGAAAAGGGCCACCAUGUGAAGUGGGUGCCCGAGGGCAGCAGUGCCGUGCAGGGUAUCAUCUUCGAUGGCGGUGUUUUUGAGGCGGCGAGCGAGCCGCGUCAGAAGAACAGCGGCGCGUUUACGGUUUAG